GCUCCUCCUGACCGCCCCUUGGCCCGAAGCGAGCCAUGAUGAAAUACAUCUUGGGCCUCCUUUCAGCAAGCUCGCACGUCAGUGAGACCAAGUCGACCUUUUUUACACCACUUCAUCCGACAUCAACAAGACAACAAUCAAAAUGAACUGCCCCUCCCGCACCGACGAGCCGCUCGAGGAGCACCCCGACUGGAAUCAAAGCCCGCCCUUCCUGUCGCCCGACCUCACCACCUGUCAGGAUCUCAACGGCAUCGCCAACGCCCGCGUCCACCGCAAGGGCAGCGACGGCGCCGGCGCCGGCACCGGGGCGGGCGGCGGAGGGCUCGACCAAAAGGGCUACUUUACCCUGCCGCCGCUGCAGCCCGACCGCGGCGUCUGUGCCUGGGGGUGGUGGUCCGUCCAUGGACCCCAUCCCCGCGAGAGAGUGACUGGCGGUGAAGGCCUCUCACUCUCGUCCACCACCACCGCGCCCCGCGCCUCGUCCACGCGAGACUGGCUGCUCUGGGUCGCCUCGGUCCUCGCCUGCUCCGCCCUCCUGUCCGGCCUGCGCACCCCCGAGCUGCUGGCCUCGUACCACCUGGCUGGAAACCCGGCCCGCGCUGCCCACCAUGGCCACCGCCAAGCCCCGGCUUCCCCAGCCUCCCGCGCCCUGGACCGCCGCUCGACCUGCCCGACCGACGGGCUGGGGUCCGAGGACGAGUACAACACGCCGCUGCACGUGGGGGCCCUCGUAAUCGUGCUGGUCGUGUCUUUCUCGGCCGCCGCCUUCCCGCUGCUGGCGCGCGCCCUGCCGCCGCGCCUGCGCGUGCCGCCGGCCUUCUUCUUCACCGUCCGCCACUUUGGCACCGGCGUGCUGCUCGCCACCGCCUUUGUGCACCUGCUGCCCACCGCCUUUAGCUUGCUGUCCGACCCGUGCCUGUCCAGCUUCUGGGUGAAUGACUACCCGGCCAUGCCGGGCGCCAUCGCGCUCGCCGGCGUGUUCUUCGUGACGGUCAUCGAGAUGGCCCUGCAGCCCGCCCGCCACAUGACGCCGGGCGGUGGUGGUGGUGGUGCUGGCGGGUGCAUGUCCGCCGCGCCGUCUCCGGCCAGCAACGACGCCCCGGCCGCCGACGGCACCGUGACGCUCGGCCGCCGCCUGUCCAACGUGCGCGGCGUGGCCGGCGACAUCACCCCGGCGGAGCCCGCGCGCGCGGCCGGCGCCGAAAAAGAAGGCGCCGCGCUCGACGAGGAGCGGCAGCAGCACCUGCCCGGCCCCACGCAGCUGACACCGCAGCUGACACCGCAGCAGAAGCACCAAAAGGACAUCCUGCAGUGCAUGAUGCUCGAGGUCGGCAUCCUGUUCCACAGCGUCUUCAUCGGCAUGACGCUGAGUGUGUCGGUCGGGCACAAGUUCACCAUCCUGCUGGUCGCCAUCUCGUUCCACCAGAUGUUCGAGGGCCUGGCGCUCGGCUCGCGCAUCGCCGCCAUCGCCUGGCCAAAGGGGUCGUGGCAGCCGUGGCUGAUGUCGCUGGCCUACGGGUGCACCACCCCCAUCGGCCAGGCCAUCGGCAUCGCGACCCACACGCUGUACAACCCCGGCUCCGAGUUCGGCCUCGUGCUGGUCGGCACCAUGAACGCCAUCUCGUCGGGCCUGCUCGUCUUUGCCUCGCUCGUCGAGCUGCUGUCCGAGGACUUUCUGAGCGACGAGAGCUGGCGCGUGCUGCGUGGCCGUCGCCGCGUGGCCGCCUGCCUGCUGGUGUUGUUUGGAGCUGUCGGGAUGAGCCUGGUGGGUGCCUGGGCGUAGGGAUAUGUGGUGGUGCGUGUGGGGGUGUAGUGGUGUAGUGGUGUGGUGGUAUGGUGGUGUGGUGUGGUGGUUGGUGGGAUGGUUGUGACAAAGAGGGUGAGCUUGCAAGGAUGCCAUGUCAUGCAAGCUUUCGGACAACUGGGAACUCGGGGGUUCUCGGAGACUUGAAAACUCAAUCUUGGUGGUUGCAUCGCGUUUCAACAACGUGAUUUUUGUAAACAUGCUUGCCCGGGCGGCAAUGAGACUGGCUCUCGGUUUUUUCUAGAUGCCGUAUGCAGCAGCAGACCAUAACCGCGUUCGGCAUAUCCAUAUCCUCGGGGUGAGCCUAUACCUUCAGUGAUGGAACGAUGUGGCGUGGAAUCGCA